AUGCCACCUGUUCUAGACAAUCAUACCUUGAAAAUAGAUGAAUACAAAACAUCCAUCUGCUCCACAUAUGAAAAAGUGAAGGAGUAUAACUCUCGACCUGGUGAGAAUGUGCUGCUGGCUGAACGCUACACUGAGCUGCUGAUCGUUGAGACACACAGAAAUCAGAGAGAAAGAGAGGAGGAGAUCCGUUGUAGAGGAGAUGAUCACCAGCAGGUCUUAAAAACCAGGGCAAGUGAAGCAUACAACAGAAUCACUGUGGACCAGUUGUUCAAACCCGAUGACCGUGGAGAUGUUCCAAAGGCAGUCAUUCUCCAGGGCGACUCUGGAUAUGGCAAAUCCUUCACUGCUAUGAAGAUCAUGUAUGACUGGGCCUCAGGAGAUGUAUUCAAAGACCUGUUUGACCUUGUUUUUCACCUUAAAUGCAAAGAGCUUAAUGACAUCUCAGAGGCACACAGUCUGGUGGAUCUCCUGAGCUACUGUCCAAGCUUCACCAGUGAGACAGCAGAGGUGCUGAAGGACUCAAAAAUGAAAGUGCUCUUCCUCAUUGAUGGCUUUGAUGAGCUCAAGUUCUCAUUUGAGAAAACUAGCACCGUACCACCUAAAGACCCUUCCACAAAAGCUCCUGUUGAGGCCACUCUGAGUGCUCUGCUGAAGGGGCUGGUCCUGCCUAAAUGCUUCCUGCUGGUCACCACCAGGUCCACUGCUUCAGACAAACUGAGCGAUCUGCUCAGUGAUUCUCAGCGUUUCACUGACAUCCUAGGCUUCACUGAGGAGGGGGUGAAGGAGUACUUCCAGAGGUUUUUCAAAGAAGAACUGCUAGCAAAGAAAGCAUUUGACUGUGUGAGGACCAACGAGACUUUGUACACUACCUGCUUCAUCCCCGUCAUCUGCUGGAUCACCUGCACAGUUUUCAGGGAGCAAGAAGAAGGCAUGGACAUCACUAAGGAACUAGAAACAGCCACCUCUAUAUUUGUUCACUUUGUGUCCAUUCUGCUGAAGCAUCACUGCCAGGGUUUGAGUCAGCCUGAAACACUGCUGAGGAGCCUGGGCCAGCUGGCAGAGAGAGGGUUACAGGAACAUCAAGUCCUGUUUGAUGAGAAUAGUUUGUCUGAGGCUUUCCCUGAUCCAUCACAAGCAACCAGAUACAAUCCUUUCCUCUGCAAAUUUUUCCUAACGAGUACAGUCAAACAGGAAAGAAUGUACAGUUUCAUGCAUCUGAGCUUCCAGGAGUUCUUCGCUGCUGUCCACCUGAUGAUGGAGAAUGAGGAAGAGGCCCUUAAAAAACUACAGCAGUUGUUAGGAAACUACUGCUGGGUGCUGCUGUACUGCCUACAGUGUUGCCCGACCAUCAGAAGCCUGGAGCUCCAUGACUGCAACAUAACAGCAGAGAAGCUGAGGAUGCUGCAGCCUGCACUGAGCAGGUGUGAGGAGCUGGGAGUGGCAAAGAGCAGCCUCUCACCUGAGAGUGUGGAGCAGGUCCUCAGUGCUCUCUCCAGACAAUGGUCUGUGGAUAACGUCCGUCUGUCUGUGACGACCAUCACUGGCACCACCGCAGCCUGCUGCUUGGACUUCAUGCAGAACACAGAGAUGUGCCCUCACCUGACGUGA